AUGGAUGUUGAUAAUUUACCACUUAUUGCUGGUGGUGAAGACUACAAAAUUUGGGAUUUGGAUAGCAAAGACGUCUUUUCAGUAAAGGCUGCAAAGGCUGCUUUAAAGACGCCAAAUGAGGUGCUGCCUAUUGCAAUUUUGUUCACUAGGCAGGUUCUACAUCCUACUUUGAAUGUGCAAUAUUGGAAGAUUUGGGCAAAACAAUGUUGCGCAACUGAAGACAACAUUAUUAUGAAGAUUGGUAGGAGCAUGCCUACUAUGUGUCGUUUGUGCAGGAAGAAUGGCGAAACUAUGAGUCAUGUCACUUGGCAUUGCAGAAUUUCCAAGAGGAUUUGGGCUUGGGUGGCGGAAAUUUUUAAAUUGCAACCAAAUGAAGAUUUAGUGGUCUCUUAUAAGGCUGCUAAGGGUCGCAGCAGGAUGAUUAAGGACCUGUGGCUUGUUUCUAAUUUAGCCAUUGUCACAGAGUUAUGGAAGCUGCGGAAUAAGGCUUUUUAUGAAGGUAUUACGGUGCAAUGGCUCGGUUUUAAAGGGAGAGUUUAUCAGAUAAUCUGUGAUAACUCAAUUCGGAUGAAGGGUCAUAUGUUUAAUAAUUUGGAGGACUUGCACAUUUUGAGUUAUUUCAGAGUGCGGCAUAGAGUUUGUAAGAUUUCCAAUCCAGUUGAGGUUAGUUGGUCUCCUCCUAACCCAGGUGAAAUUAUGAUUUGUUGCGAUGACACAUCUCUUGGCAACCCAGGCCAAGCUGGUUGUGGUGUUACUUUCCGUGAUUCCAACUCGACAGUGCUUGGCGUUCUUAGUGUUGGACUUGGUUGGCAGACAAAUUUUUAUGCGGAAGUAUGUGCUAUUAUUUAUGGAGCGAUGCUAGCUAAAAGAUGGGGUGUUGAAAACCUUUGUGUUCGGUCUGAUUCGAUGAGUUGCAUCCACGCUUUUCAGAAAGGAGAGUUGCCUUGGCAACUAAUGCAGCGUUGGAGAAUGACAAAGAGUAGGCCAGGUUUCGUUCUCUCUGUGGAAUGCCUGGAGAGGUUUAUUUUCGUUUCAAAUAGGUCUUCUUCUGGUGAUAGCCUCACGGUUAUGUGCUAG